CUGUCGCACGAAAAAUCACAAGUGAGAAUAUAGUGGGCAUGGCGGUAGCCGCAAUGACAAAAUAGCCUGUAAUAAAAUGUGCAGGGUAGGUACGGUAGGUUUUAUAAAAGUUUAUUUAUUGUUUACUAUUUGUUUUCUCUCACUCUGUGUUUACGUUUGGUGUGUGCUGGUCGUAGUUAUAUGAGCUUCGGAGACAAGUUUCCCAGGACGAUAUAUAUUCGAUCCUGCGCCGUACAUGUGACACAGCAUGCCCCAAGGUUGCCCAGAAGUGUGACAGAAGCCAAAUAGACUUCAAGGUAGCGUUCCUUGAAUGCCGUUCGUCAUUCAAACUGACGAACUGAGCAUUUGACGAAUGCUUACAUGUUGUCCACUGGCCAGAUUAUGAAGAGACAGGAUUAGUAACCCUUAGAGAAAAGAGGGGUACAGUUUUCUUAAGGGAUUAGUAUGGCUGAGGAACAGGUGUCUGACUGGGUUUCGGACGCUGACGAAGCGCCGGACCUGUCACCGCCGCGUCCGGCAGGAGGUCUGGUGAGAACGGUAAUGAAUUUCCGGGGAUUUCCUGCGAAACAGAUCCCGGCGGAGGGUCAUCUGGUAAAUUUGGAGAAGGAAUUGGCGCAACAAGGUAGACUUCCACGGAACCUAGAGUUCCCAAAAUCGACGAAGGACUCAGUGCUCAUAUCGGCAUCGAACGCGGCGAUAGCUCAAGCCCACCAGACAUAUUUGCAUGCCCUGCCAUCUGGCAUCAGCGAGUCCAUCCGCGAGGAGGUGCGAACAGGCUUCAUGGAGAUGAUGAAGGGCAUCAUUGAUUUGCUAGGACCGCCAGGGAGCCGCGAGAGUCUAACAUUGCCCCAAUGCCGACGAGACUCAUCGUGCCGGGACCGCAAACAGGCACCAUCCCAAAAGAGCGAGAGGGAUCCAGCGCGAGGUAUUUCUGCCACCGGUGCCACCGAAGCCACACAGAAAAGGCGCGCGAGGAGCGGAGUACUCAUCCAGCAGCCCAGUAUUCGUUGCAGAUACUCAGGCGAGGAACUGGCGUAAUUUGAAUAAUCGCCACUUCCGAGUAGAGGACCGCAGAGCGAAUGACUUUCAGCCGGAGGAAGCAUAUGCGCCAACUAUCCGCGCUAUUCCAGAAGCCGCUGAGAGACCGCGAGCUGGUGAAGAGUUGAAGGAGGGUCUAGCAAAAUAUGACAAUGUUAUGGAUGCACUCGCCGUGGAUGAGCUGCGCCAAGAGUGCAUGGAAGUGGAGAGGCACAUUGGUCGCAGAAGCUGGACUAGGUACGUGCAGCCGUAGCGUUACUCGCAAGCAGCAAAACCGAUAGUUCACGAGGUUAAGGUACCACCACAUCGUGCGGAAACCCCGUCUAGAGAACUGGAGGAGGCCUUCGUGCGAGGCAGGACAUCUUCCAGGCUUGUAUGCUGGAACUGUAGGCAGUUCGACCAUGCCUUUAGAGACUGCCUGUCUAAAGAGAGGAAGAUAUUCUGCAAUAGAUCCGGAAAGCCGGACACAUUCUGCUCACUGUAGUGUGCGAAAAUUGUCCGGGAAAUCCCAGGGGAAAUCCCCCGAUGAUGGCGGGACAGACGCGUUCGGGGACGGCGACCGCGGAAAAACAGGAGAAAAGCACCUACCAAAGCCAAUGGUCUUUGAAAAGGAGGCGAAGAUAGACCAUAAGAACCAUUAUAAGGCUAUGUAUAAGGAUAUACCAAAGGAAGAACAUUAAGGGGCUCACCAUAUGAAGAACGUGUUCGGGCAUACAUGUCGGCCCGAAAUAGAAUUUUUGGUGAGCGACAGCUGGGCCACCCGAAGAAUGGUGAAGGCUCGUGCGCGGUUUCGUAGACGCAGGAUUACGUGGCGCCAGGUCAUGAGACUGUGAGACGAGAGGAUUGCAUAGACCCACGCGUGUUCGCCGAAGUGGAGGU